AUGCAGAAUAUAUUGGUAACAUUUUUGAUGACAUCAAUAAUCAUCAUAACUCUAGAUAAACAAAAAUUGAAAGCAGUAUCAACAUUAUCGUCAUUGCCUUCAACAUUCCAGUACCAAAUUUCAUCAAGCAAAACUCUACCUGAAACAAGUUACCUUGAGGGCAUUCUUCUAACAGACCUGAAUGUUGAAAUGAGCAAAAUAAUUUACAAUAUAUUCUCGGUUAACGUUGCGGUAACUGCGAAUGCACGCAUUCCGGAGACGGUCAAGUGCCUGUACAUCUGUCGGUUAAGAGCAAAUUGCGUGAAAGCUUACAUCAGAAAAACUGGGACUCACUGUCACCUGCUCAUGAAUUCAAUUGGGAAUUCGUACACUUUGAUACAGGAUCAGAAGGAAUAUUUUCAGCUCAAUUCUCACGAUCUGAGGAACUCGGAAGACUUUGUUUGGAUGAACCUGUGGCAUCUCUUUGCCAUUGCAUUGCUUUUAUAA